GCGCGCCGCGCCCGCCGCCGCGCCGCCCCCGGCGCGGCCGCGCCCGCGCCCGCCCCCGCGGUGGCGCCCGCUGCUGGCGGGGGCAUGAUGUCUGGGCUCAUGGGCUCCAUGGCGUCGGGCAUGGCCGCCGGCGUUGGCAUGAGCGUCGCGAACCGGGCCGUGGACGCGGUGAUGGGCCCGCGCCAGACCGAGGUGGUCCAUCGCCACGAGGGGGCGCCAGCAGCGGCCCCUGCGGCUGCGUCGGGCGGCUGCGUCGCGCAGCAGGACCAGCUCAACCAGUGCCUCAAGUCGAUGAGCGACGCCUCGCAGUGCCAGUUCUACCUCGACAGCCUGAAGGCGUGCCAGCAGACCCAGUGAGCGCCCACGCCGGGAGUGGCGCAGUCGGUGCCACAGCGGAGGGGGUCCACGUCGAGCGCUCCCCUCGGGCAGUGCACCCUGCGUCGCCGCGUCGGUGCGGCGCGGCAGCCGUGCGUCGUGUCAGUGCGGCUCGGCAGGCGCCCCCACGUCGGGGGCGCCCCUGCCAGUGGCCGGAGUACAGGGCUGGCCACGCUCCUCGACUUCUCUGUCUACGGUGGGGGCGUCCGUCGAGGGAUGCGCCAGCAGGGCUCCUUGUCCAAUGCCCCCACCGUAUUCUUCCGCUCCUCUUGCGCCGCCUAUUCCGACCGCUCUAUGAUUGAUCUCGGGACACCCCGCCAAAAAGGCG